AUGCCGGUGCCGGAAAUGUUCUCGGUCCGGGAGCUUCUCGCCGCCGGCUUCGUCGUCUUCCUAAUUCGGCGAAUUCUAUCCCUCAUGAGGCCCAAUCGCCCGCUACCGCCAGGACCAAGAGGCUGGCCCAUCCUCGGCUGCCUGCCUCUCAUGGGCCCCGCCCCCCACGUCACGCUGGCCCAAAUGGCCAAGAAAUUUGGGCCCAUCAUGUUCCUCAAGAUGGGCUCGCGCGGCAUGGUGAUUGCGUCCACCCCCGACGCGGCUCGGGCCUUUCUAAAAACCAUGGACCUGAGCUUCUCCAACCGGCCCACCAACGCCGGGGCGACCCACAUCGCCUACGGGGCCCAAGAUCUAGUCUUCGCGGACCUCGGCCCACGGUGGAAAUGCCUCCGUAAACUGUGCAGCCUUCACAUGCUGGGAGCCAAAUCGUUCAAGGAAUGGGCCUCGAUCAGGGAGGCCGAGGCGGCCCAUAUGGUACGAGACCUGUGCAAGAUGAGUCGCCGGCAAGAGCCCGUACCGGUGUCGGAGACGGUGCUGUGCGCGAUCGCGAACAUGAUAGGGCAGAAGACAAUGAGUCGGCGCGUGUUCGAGACGCGCGGCCGCGAGUCUGGGGAGUUCAAGGAGAUGAUGGUUGAGGUGAUGAGAUUAUCGGGAUCGUUCAGUAUUGGAGAUUUUAUACCGGCGAUUGCGUGGAUGGAUGUGCAGGGGAUUGGAGCAAAGAUGAAGGAUUUACACAAGAAGUUUGAUGCACUGUUGACAAAGAUGCUUGAGGAACAUUCAUUGACGGCUGGUGAACGGGAAGAAAAUCCUGACUUUGUCGACAUCGUCGCGGCCAACACGGAGUAUUCCGACGGAUUGAAACUUACGGAGACGCAGAUCAAAGCGCUUCUCUUGAAUUUUUUCAUCGCCGGCACGGAUACGUCAGCUACCACAGUGCAAUGGGCACUAGCAGAGAUGUUAAAGAAUCCUAACAUUCUCAAGCAUGUACAAAUGGAAAUGGAUCAAGUAAUUGGCAAGGAUCGUCGUCUCCAAGAGUCUGACAUUCCUAACCUCCCAUAUUUACGAGCCAUAUGCAAGGAAACAUUUCGAAUGCAUCCUGUAGUCCCAUUAAGUCUCCCUCGGGUGGCAACUAUUUCUUGUGAGGUCAACGGUUAUCAUGUACCGAAAGAUGCUCGACUUUUAAUCAAUUUGUGGGCCAUCGGACGAGAUCCUGGUGCAUGGAAUGACAAUCCACUAAAAUUCAACCCUGAUAAAUUUCUGAGUGAAAAGAUAGCAAACAUUGAACCUUGGGGCAAUGACUUUGAGCUUACACCAUUUGGGGCUGGGAGAAGGAUAUGUGUGGGGAUAAGAAUGGGAGUUGCAGUUGUUGAGUACAUGUUGGGCACAUUGGUGCACUCAUUUGAGUGGAGGCUCCCUAAUGAGGUAAUUGAGCUUAACAUGGAUGAGAAGUUUGGGCUAGUACUCCAGAAGGCUGAGUCACUAUAUGCCAUUGCAAGCCCAAGGUUGGCACCAAGUGCUUAUUAA